AUGUCCGAGGAAAGGGAUUUAAUUAAAAAGCGCGGCAGCUUUAAGGGUCGCUUGACUGCUUUCGUCACCUUCCUGGACUCACUCAAGGACAAAGUAUUAAGUAGUUGUGAUGUGUCCGAGUUGCAGUUGCGCAUGGGUAAGAUGGAGUCAUUGUACGAACAAUAUGAUGAGGUGCAGUUGCGUCUGGAAUGCAUUGCUGACGAUAUUAAGGUACAUAAUUCCGAGCGUACCGAGUUCGAGUCACUUUAUUACAAAGCGUUGUCCAGAGCGCAAACCACUCUCAAUGACAGUAACAAAGAGGAUAAGUCGAUGGAAAGCUGUAGGAGUACACUUGCUAGCAUACACAAACCAGUAAAAUUACCAACGAUACAAUUACCAAAGUUUAGCGGGUCAUAUUGCAAUUGGUUGGAAUUUCGUGAUACCUUCACUAGUCUAAUUCACAGUAACGACGAAAUUGAUGAGGUUAACAAAUUCCACUACCUAAGAGCCUCUCUUGAGGGACCUGCUGCCGUCAUCAUCAAGUCAAUUGAGUUUUCUUCGAGCAAUUACUCUGUGGCAUGGAGUUUGUUACUCGAUCGAUUUGACAACAAACGAUUAUUAGCGCAAAAUCAUGUGUCUGCCUUGUAUCACAUUGAUGCGGUUACAAAGGAAUCGUCGGUUGCUCUCAAAGGAUUAAUCGAUCAAUUAAAUAAGGACUUGCGAGCAUUAGAGUCGUUAGGUGAGCCUGUAAAGCACUGGGACACUUUUUUGAUAUACCACGUCACUCAAAAAAUUGAUCAUAGGACCUAUCGUGAAUGGGAGGAGUUUAAGGGUAGGAUUGACAAAGAAAGUUCGAUUACGUUCGAUAUGUUCAUGCAAUUCCUACGCACUCGAGCCGAUUUGAUCGAGAACUUAGAACGCCUUCAAACUAAUAAUAAUAAUUCGCAAACGGCAGGUAGAUCCAACCCUAAGAUCAAGUCGAUGUUGGUUAAUCAACCUCAUAAUAGUCCCAGCAUCGAAACAGCUCCCAAAGUAUGUCCUAAAUGUAACACUGAUCCUAAGUUUUAUGAACCCGCUGAUGUUGAUUUAUUAAUCGGCGCUGAUCUGUUUUGGAAGUUAUUAGGAUCACAAAAAUUAGAAUUAGGUAAUGGAAAGCCAAUAUUAUAUAAAACCCAUUUAGGAUGGAUAGUUUCCGGUCCAAUUCUUACUAAUGAUUUAAAAUGUAAUUUUUGUAAAGAUGUUUCCCAUGAUCAUAAAUAUGUUAGUUCAUUUGAUUUGCCAGAACAAAGAUUAUGUGAGAAAGAACCUUCAAUUCUGGGAGAUUCUUUCAAGAAAGCAACACACUGCUGCCUAUCAUUAGUCUCGCGGGACUUGCCUGCUUCGAUUGACGUAGAUAUUGCACCUCACGAGCCCGACAAGUUACUUGGUGUGGGUCGGUAUCCCGCUUCCGAUGAUUUAGGGUUUCCUAAAAUUCCGAGCGAGUCCUUGGCUAGGCAUAGGAAUCAUACUGGCCAAGAAGGUCGCAACUUGGCGAAGACUUGUACUCAUAAGUGUGUUCCAUGUCGCCGCAUGAAGGGACGGGUAGUUAGUCCUAUACUGGGCAACUUACCACGAGAACGACUUCGUCCAGGUUAUCCCUUUGAGAGCACCGGCGUUGGUUAUGCCGAGCCUAUUAUUGCUUUCGUGAUAGCGUACACCAGUGAUUUCAUACCUCGAAUGGUUUAUAAAUACGUGUAUUCGCCUGAUAACACUUUGGCUGGAUAUAUUGAUCACUCUCUGUCACUAUUCAACACUUCAGACUACCAAGAAGAUUGGGGGGCUGAUGAGAAUGAGGUAGACCCCCCAGUUUGUGCAUACCGAGGGUACAGGAACCCUCCAGAUCAUGCUGAUCCCUACGGCUUAUCUCCUCAUUAUUGGCACGUUUUUGCCGCUCGACUGGCGUUUGUCGUAGUUUUUGAGCACGUGGUCUUCGGCCUAACGGGCUUGAUGCAACUCUUCAUACCUGACGUACCGAGUGAGUUACGGACUCAGAUGCAAAGGGAAGCACUCCUGGCUAAGGAAGCCAAGUAUGAACAUGGAAGGAGAAGGUUGUCCACUGAAUAUCGUCAACUACUUACACAGAAGAGCGAGAGUGGACCUGAAAAGCCCACUGGUGGAGCUUGGCUGCGUCGAGCGUCGCGUGCUUCAGAUGUCCUAGACGCUCACAUAUCAGUAUCCCAAAGACCAACCUCGCCUCGAAUAGUUCACUGA